GUGCGGGCUGCAGCUGCUCUGCGUGAUAACAAGUUUUCCCCGUGGAGGAUUAUUGUUGUGCUGUUUGUUUGCUGUUUGUUUUUUCCCCGUGGAAACAGCAGAAAGUUUGAAGAAGAAAGAAAUGUGUGAAAUGAGCUUCAUGUCACUGAGGGAAUAAACCCGACAGGACACGUCAAGUGGAUUUUACGCAUCGGGACCGGACUCUGUUUCACUCUUUCACACUUGUGUUUUUUGACUUUUCUCUCUGGGGGGUUCAUGAUGAGACUCUCUCUGUCGUCCGGACCUGUCGGGUUCAAACCGGGUCGGUAAAAAUGUUACAAGGUCGUUAAAUUUACUGGAACGUGACCACCGGAGAUGAACUUUCUCCGUCCUGUUUAUUGCGGGCUCUGGUGAAUGAUUGACAGAUGAGGCUCUCCUGGCGCUCUGUGGAUCUUUAUGGACAAACUGGAUCUGGAGUUUUAGUCAUUAAGUUUCUCUUGGACCAGAACUGAUCCUGAUCCGUCCAGCAGAACCUGAACGUUUUCAUCCAGGUUUCUGCUCCAACCACCACGAUUCUUAUUUUUAUUAUUUGAAUGACUCUAAAUUUAAUAUUCAUCUCCUUUAUGGCUUCUCCGGUGAGCCACGCGCUGUACAGCCCGCGGCCCCUCAUGCUGCUGCUGCUUCUGUUCCUCCGGUGUCCUGAUCUCACAUCAGGAGCCUCCAAGGAUCUGGUGUGUGAGCCUAUAACUGUGCCCAUGUGCAGGGGCAUUGGCUACAACCUGACCUACAUGCCCAAUCAGUUCAACCAUGACACCCAGGAGGAGGUUGGACUCGAGGUGCAUCAGUUCUGGCCCCUGGUCCGGAUCCGUUGCUCUCCAGACCUGCUCUUCUUCCUGUGCAGCAUGUACACCCCAAUCUGCUUGCCGGACUACCGCAAGCCACUGCCACCCUGUCGCUCUGUGUGUGAACGGGCCAAACGAGGAUGCUCACCUCUGAUGAGCCAGUACGGGUUCGAGUGGCCCGAGAGGAUGAGCUGUGAACAGCUUCCCGAGCUGGGCGAUGACACCCUGUGCAUGGACCAGAACAGCAGCGAGACUACCACCCUUGCUCCACCCUUUCCCAAGCCUACCCCUAAAGGCCGGACCAGACCACCAAAUCCCCCACAGUGUGACAGAGAGUGCCGAUGCCGGGAACCCUUGGUCCCCAUCAAGAGGGAGUCUCACACUCUGUACAGCCAGGUCCACACUGGCCCUGUACCCCACUGCGCCCAACCCUGCCACCAACCCUACUUUUCAGCUGAUGAACGCGCCUUCACCGGCUUCUGGGUGGGACUCUGGUCAGUGUUGUGCUUCAUCUCCACCAUGACCACGGUUGCCACCUUCCUCAUUGAUAUGGAACGCUUCAAGUACCCAGAGAGGCCCAUCAUCUUCCUGGCUGCUUGCUACCUCUUCGUGUCUUUGGGUUACAUCAUCCGCCUGGUGGCAGGUCACGAGCGAGUGGCGUGUGGCGCCAGCAACAGUGUUGGUGGCGACCAGCAGUACAUCCUCUAUGACACCACCGGUCCUGCUCUCUGCACCCUUGUCUUCUUGUUGGUGUAUUUCUUUGGUAUGGCCAGCUCCAUCUGGUGGGUGGUGCUGUCCUUCACCUGGUUUCUGGCUGCAGGGAUGAAGUGGGGCAGCGAAGCCAUCGCAGGAUACUCUCAGUAUUUCCACCUCGCCGCCUGGCUCAUCCCCAGUGUCAAGACCAUUGUCGUCCUGGCUCUUAGCUCUGUGGAUGGGGACCCUGUGGCCGGAAUCUGCUAUGUGGGGAACCAGAGUCUGGAGAACCUGAGGGGAUUUGUACUCGCACCUCUUGUGGUUUACCUCUUCACAGGCUCACUUUUCUUACUCGCCGGCUUUGUUUCUCUCUUCCGCAUCAGGAGCAUCAUCAAGCAAGGUGGCACCAAGACGGACAAACUGGAGAGGCUGAUGAUCCGCAUUGGGCUCUUCACGGUGCUGUACACCGUCCCAGCCACCAUUGUGGUGGCAUGCUUGGUCUAUGAGCAGUACUACCGGCCCGGCUGGGAGCGAGCCUUGGCCUGCUCCUGCCCGUCUGAGCGCCAGCGCUCAGGUGUGGGCCCGGACUACGCCAUCUUCAUGCUCAAGUACUUCAUGUGCUUAGUGGUGGGCAUCACCUCAGGAGUCUGGAUUUGGUCAGGAAAAACCUUGGAAUCCUGGAGGAGGUUUGUGGCUCGAUGCUGCCCCUGCUGGCUGCAGAAAGCCACUGCUCCACCCUCCAUGUAUAGUGAGGCCAGUACUGCUUUAACUGGACAUACUGGAACUGGGCUGACAUCAGGGAUCUACCAUAAAGCGGUGCCAUCUCAUAUAUGAACUGAGUGUCCCAGGGACAUGUUUACUGAUGACUGAUGUAGACUGUACAGUCACAGCUCUGGAUAAUAAACUAAAGGAUCCUCACACCCGGGAUGUGAAUGUGGACAUUUGUGAAAUUCAGCUGUCACAAAAGGACACAACUCUAAAUGUGUAAAAAGGGAAAAAUUAAAACAACGUGGGUAAUCCAACAGAGAAUAUUUCAAUGAACAAUCUGAAACAGUUGAACAGUCAACAUGACAUUUGGUUUCCUACCUGCUUAUCCUGAGCACUGAGAAGAACAACAUAUUUAUUUAUGUACAUAGUGUACAUUUUGUGUAAAAAGAAGAAAAUUAGAUGUAUAGUGUGAUAUGUUUAGUACGUAACCAACCACUGCCACAAGCUAAGCGUUUGACACCAGAGAAACAGACCUCGUCUUGGUUGAAAUUGUACAGACUUGUACAUUCAAUGUUCCAUUUCAUGCCGAUGUUUGAGUGUGACAUCUGGUGUGUUCUGUAUGAUUACAAAGUGCUCUCUGAGAAUCAAAUGAGUUUUUCAUUGGUUACUGUUCUGACCUCCGUCAGGUUGCUUCACACUAAAGUGAACUAGUUGUGAACAUGGCCUUUACCCCCACCUGCUGGUUCACAGUGGAACUGCUCACAUCAGGGACUCUCAAAUAUCAACACCGCAACAGAUCCACAUUAGACCACAGACCCUCAGUUCAAUGAUAUAUCACAGAGGUUACAGUUAAAUCUACUACUGGAGUAUUCUUUUCUUGUGUAUUCUCAUUUUUUAAAAAUAAUUUCUAUAAUUUCUAGCUGGACAGUUUUGCUGUGAACCUCAUGCCAUGGGCUCUAAAUGGUGUUAGGGUCUUUUUAAAGUAAUAAGUUGGAUAACUGAUCAACAGGAAUUUAACCAGCAACAGUUUUCCUCCCGUUUCAAGCAAAAAUGUAACUGGUAACUGGUUUUCUCAGUUUUAGAGACAUGAGAAGAUGUUUGAAUCUGUUUGAAUUUUGGACUGUUGGUCAAACAAAUAAUUAGCAGAUUAGUUCAGCAUUAAAAUCCAUUUUCACUUCAAACUGGGUUAAAUGAUUCCUUAUUUAGCCUAAAGAUACUAAAUAAUAGUCAUUUUAAAUUGAAAUAAGAUGAAACUAAAUAUUUUCUGCUUCCAUCUUCAAAAUGUUUUGAUUUUGCUGCUUUUGUAUGAUUGUUGAGAUAAUGUGAAUUUAAUAUUUGAGGUGGACAAAACACGCACAUUAACGUUGUAAUGUAAGGAAGCACUUUUGGAUGCUGUAUUUCAUCACAGUUGGCUGUAUUCACAUUAUUUACGUGUGUGAAUCCGUUUCAUGAAACACUAUGAAUCAGUUCUAUGGAAGAAAAUCUUACCAUGGAUCUGUGGUCUCAUGUGAAUCAUCUGUUUUUAGGACGACGUAAACUGAAGGAACGUCUGCUCUCUCCGUACAGAGGACACAUUUAGAGUCUCUUUUAGAGUUUUUAAAUGAAUGUGACCUGAAACUGAACGAAACAAAAAGGAAACGUCUUAUAUCAGGACACUUGAGUGUACGAAACGUCUGUGAUCUGGUGAAAAUGAAGCUCUUUGUUUUCUGCUUCCUCCUCUCUGCUGUGAUGGUCUGUGAUAUUUUCAUUUCAUGUUGUUGGCCAGUUGUGUUAUUGAUACUACUGUGUGUCCACACGUUAGACGAUAUCUCUAAUUUAUUAGGCUGAUUUGUGAGAGUGAAUGUGAUUGUAUGACUGACGAGGUGAUGAAUGCCAGUAAGUGUUGGUAAAAACUGACAUGUAGGCUUGUUUGUUUGUUUAAGUGUAAAUCUUCAUAUUGCUAGAGUUCCUCAAAGGAUAUAAAAAAAAAACUAUUGUAGAUUUUGAUUCAUAUUGUGGAAUUAAAACUGAGCUGAUCUCGAGUCUGGUGCACGUGUCACGUACGUCUGUGUGUUUAUCUGUUUUCAGUAUUUACUUCUAGACUGGACAGCACAGGACUUGUUCAGGCUGUGCAAGAAUAAGGAUGUGCAGAGCAGUCUGUAUAUUUAUGUAUUUGUAUAUUGGUAUUUUUGCAGGGCCUAAUUACCCCACACAGUGAAGGUUAUUCCAUACAAAUGUUCAUUUAUUCUGUGAUAUCCAGAAUCAGAGCAGCAUUAAGGGAACUUAAAAAAAAAAAAAAGUCACUUCAUAGAGGCUCAGCUUCUCUGCUUCCUGAUGUCAGACUGGUGGUGGUUGCUUGAUUACAUCCUC